GAAGAAGUGAGCAGUACAGCUGCUGGCGGCGGAGCAGUAGGUUUGUAUGAGAGCAAGCUGCUGUCAGUGAGACGAUAACAAACGGCCGUGUUCUACGGUGUCUACUUUGCUGCUGAUACAGAUUCAUAGAGACAAACAGAGGAGGAUGUCUGAGACUGUGAAUAACCCUUUCCAACAUAUUGUUGAGUCUCUGGACUCCAAGGUCCCAAACCAGCAGUUCUACAAUCUUACCAAACUUGGAGAUCCCAGAUAUGACCGUCUGCCGUUCUCCAUCCGGGUCCUCCUGGAGUCUGCCGUCAGGAACUGCGACGAGUUUCUGGUGAAGCGCUCAGAUGUGGAAAGCAUCCUCAACUGGAAGCAGACCCAGACUCAGACUGUGGAGGUGCCGUUCAGGCCGGCUCGUGUCAUCCUCCAGGACUUCACUGGUGUCCCUGCUGUGGUGGACUUUGCAGCCAUGCGUGACGCUGUGAUGAAACUAGGCGGCGACCCUGAGAAGAUUAACCCUGUUUGCCCAGCGGACCUCGUCAUCGAUCAUUCCAUCCAGGUGGACUUUAACAGGAAGUCUGACAGCCUUCAGAAAAACCAGGAUCUGGAGUUUGACCGCAACAAAGAAAGAUUUCAGUUCUUAAAGUGGGGCUCUAAAGCCUUCAGGAACAUGCGCAUCAUUCCUCCCGGUUCAGGAAUCGUUCACCAAGUCAACCUGGAGUAUCUGGCCCGGGUGGUGUUUAACUACGACGGUUACUUCUACCCCGACAGCCUGGUGGGAACAGACUCUCACACCACCAUGAUCGACGGCCUGGGAGUUCUGGGCUGGGGUGUGGGCGGAAUAGAAGCGGAGGCCGUGAUGCUGGGUCAGCCAAUCAGCAUGGUUCUACCUGAGGUGGUUGGAUACAAGUUGUACGGGGCUCCAGACAAAUUCAUAACCUCCACAGACAUCGUUCUCACUGUUACAAAGCACCUCCGUCAGGUGGGUGUAGUGGGGAAGUUCGUGGAGUUUUUCGGCCCGGGUGUGGCUCAGCUAUCCAUUGCUGACAGAGCCACCAUCGCCAACAUGUGUCCGGAGUACGGAGCCACGGCAGCUUUCUUCCCUGUGGACAACGUCAGCAUUCAGUACCUCGAGCAGACCGGGCGAGAAGCAGAGAAGCUGUCCUACAUUACAAAGUACCUGAAGGCAGUGUCCAUGUUCAGAGACUACAAUGAUGUCUCUCAGGAUCCAGAUUUCACUCAGGUUGUAGAGCUGGAUCUCAGUCAAGUGGUUCCAUGCUGCAGCGGCCCCAAAAGACCUCAGGAUAGAAUUGCUGUUUCCAACAUGAAAGAAGACUUUGAAACAUGCCUAGGAGCAAAGCAAGGCUUCAAGGGUUUCCAAGUGGCCCCUGAGCGUCACAGCAUCGAUGCCCCCUUCCAGUUCAACGGGAAAGAGUACACGUUGAACCACGGCUCGGUGGUCAUCGCCGCCAUCACCAGCUGCACCAACACCAGCAACCCAUCUGUCAUGCUAGGAGCCGGACUCCUUGCUAAAAAGGCAAUAGAGAACGGCUUGAGCGUGAAGCCUUACAUAAAGACCAGCCUGUCGCCCGGCAGUGGAGUGGUCACAUAUUACCUGAAGGAGAGCGGUGUGAUGGAAUACCUCUCUCAGCUGGGCUUUGAGGUUGUUGGCUAUGGUUGCAUGACGUGUAUAGGCAACAGUGGGCCGCUCCCAGAGCCAGUGGUGGAAGCCAUAACUCAGGGAGAUCUAGUUGCUGCGGGAGUUCUGUCAGGAAACAGAAACUUCGAAGGGCGAGUUCACCCAAACACCAGAGCCAACUACCUAGCUUCUCCUCCGCUUGUCAUCGCCUACGCAAUAGCUGGCACCGUGAGGAUCGACUUUGAGAAAGAACCCAUUGCUAUUAAUUCUGAAGGCAAAGAGGUUUUCCUGAGGGAUAUCUGGCCCACACGGGAGGAGAUCCAAGCUGUGGAGAGACAGUUUGUCAUUCCCUCAAUGUUCAAAGAAGUCUAUGCAAAGAUUGAGAAAGUGAACGAACGCUGGAACGCUCUGGUCGCUCCCUCUGAUAAGCUGUACACCUGGGACCCCAACUCAACUUACAUCAAGUCACCACCAUUCUUUGAUGGUUUGACUAUGCAGCUGCAGCCUCCCAAGUCCAUAAAUGACGCCUACGUCCUGCUGAACUUUGGCGACUCAGUUACCACAGACCACAUUUCUCCUGCUGGGAACAUUGCUCGAAACAGCUCUGCAGCACGCUACCUGACAAGUAGAGGUUUGACCCCACGUGACUUCAACUCUUACGGCUCCCGUCGAGGUAACGACGCCGUGAUGGCCAGAGGGACGUUCGCCAACAUCCGCCUCUUUAACAAAUUCCUCAACAAGCAGGCGCCGCAAACCAUCCACCUGCCAACCGAAGCAGUGUUGGAUGUGUUCGACGCUGCAGAUAAAUACCUGCAGUCCGGAGUGCCUCUGCUGAUUCUGGCAGGGAAGGAGUACGGCUCAGGCAGCUCCAGAGACUGGGCGGCGAAGGGUCCUUUCUUACUGGGUAUAAAAGCAGUUAUAGCCGAGAGCUACGAGCGGAUCCACCGCAGUAAUCUGGUGGGGAUGGGAGUGAUCCCUCUGGAGUAUCUGUCAGGAGACACCGCUGACAGCUUGGGACUGACCGGCAGGGAGCGCUACACCAUCGUUAUCCCAGAGAAGCUAACGCCCCGCAUGAUAGUCGACGUUAAGCUGGACACAGGAAAAAUAUUCCAAGUGCGGAUGAGAUUCGACACUGAUGUGGAACUGGCGUAUUUCCACCACGGAGGCAUCCUCAACUACAUGAUCCGCAAGAUGUCCGAAAACUAACGAGAGCCGUUCUUCUCAGCUACAGUCCAACACGGAAUCACCACAACGAGCAAGUGUAAUGGUGUAAAGACAGAAGAAUACCGUCCAGGAAUAAUCCAAUCAUCGUCUAUGUUCGGUGCAAAGUGCCAAUGCUGCUACUACUGUGAAUAUUUAGUUAUGGUGUGCAGGGUAGGAUGAUGCUUGAUAGGUAAAUACAGUCAACUUUUUGUUAAUUUCCACCAGAUGUCCUCCAAUAUUUCAUUUUCCUAAAAUGAACUCAUUUCUAACCUGCUCUCUGUGUGUGUGUGUGUGUGUGUGUGAGGGUUUCAAAGACAGCAGAGCACUACAGCUAAACCAAGGCAUGAGGUACAUGGGUCAUUCAGUACCACUCAUUGAUAUUCAAGCAGGGAGCUUAGUUCUGAACAGAGAACAGCUCAGAUUUAGAAAAAUCUGGAUGAUUGUUUUAUCAGUCCCAAAUUGGGUGGGAUUAUCGGAUUGGAAGGACAUGGUUUUGGGGGAAAUUUGAGGUUGUACAUGAAGUUUUUAGUCUCACAUGAAACAAAGCUCCCAGGCCAGAAUCCAACCCGGGACAUUAACCAUUCAGUUACCAGGACACCUCAUUUAUGUAGCUUCUAUUCUAAUUUUUUCUUCUUUAUUCUUGCACAGUAAUCAAAAGAAGCUGAUUCUAACAAUCCCUGCUAUGAUGGGGGAAUAACUGAUCAAUGAACUGAUUAUAAGCAGUCCUAGUUUACAUCAUUUAGCUAAAUCCACUGGUUAAAACGGAUGGCUAAAACUACAAAAAUAAAGACAACAAGCACGUCUAGUAAACAAAUUGUUCUUUAGAAACUGAGGAUGUGUGGAGAUUAAUAUUCAUUAACUCCACUUGUUUUUUUUCCUGGAGCUUUCAACCACAUCUCAUGAUUUUUUAUUCCUCACCAUCUCUCCUGAAUGUGAUAUCUCUUACAAGUGCUAAGUGGUAUUUCUAGUUAGGUAGAGUCUGCUCCGUGACAACUGAGCAAACGCCACUGGCUAAAAAAAGACCAUGAGCUCUGGUUGAAAGCUCCUGGAAAAAUCUAGUCAGUGGACUUUGAGUGAGGUAUGUUUUUGGAAGCAUUGGUGGUGAUGGACCAAGAAAAUCAUGUAGGAGGAAAUAAAGUUGUGCACUGACUGAGAGAGAAGAACAUUAUACUGAAGUACUUUAUUACAGUAAGAGUAACCUGACUUUGCACAUGUGCUGAGAGGGAACCAUUGUUCCCAUUUCAACACAUUUCAGGAUGUCAUUUUUAUUCAUAACCAAACAUGCUGUUUAAAUUCAUGUUUCCUCUAAAUCUUUUUGUCUCUCUGAUUUAAUAUAUAAAAAUCUGCCUGUUUGUGUUUCAGACAUUCCACUGUAAAGCUGCUUUUGCCAGUGUGUCACGUUAAUGUUAUUGACUGCCUUAAUAACAUAUCUGAUCAUAAUAUAUCUUCAAAGAUGUCCGUCUCCUCUUACUCUUGUAUUUUAAAACACUGAUCAUUUUCAUUUGAAUUGAAGACUGAUAAACCUAUGUUGUUGUUUAAUAGUUCAAUUAAAACAUGUCUGAACGCAUUAAGCCAUAGAACACUGAUAAAUAGAAUAAAAAAGUGAUUUUCCUUUUUUUGGAA